AUGGCCUGUGAGCCAUGUAUCAGAGGCCAUCGAUCAACAAAAUGUACACACGCGAACGAGAGACUGAUGGUACCGGUGAGGAAACCUGGUCGACCUCUCAGUGCAUGCCCUCAUCCAAAAGAUCAACCAUGUAACUGUGGAAGUGUCACCGCUGCUAUUCCAAGGAAACAAGCAUGUCACUGUGGUACCGAUACACCUGUGUCCACCCCUCCGACCCCUAUGCAACGAUUAAACUCCAUAUCCGAUCCAACUUCUCCAACGCAACUCACAUUCAAAGUCCACAAGACUGCAUCAAGGCCGCAGUCGGGUAGGAGACAAUCAUUCGAUCCGGUGAAUUUUGACCGGAUGGAUUUGAAUCAGGUCAACAUAGUUCCUUUUGAUCAACAUACUCAGAGGAUGCAAAUCAUUCCCCUCAACACAUAUCAUAUAUCGACUGCUCCUCAACCUUAUGGAUAUGCUCCACCACAGUAUCCACUUGUGCAACAACAAUAUGCCAAUGUUCCUCUCCAGCUACCUCCGCCUAUGCAUAGCUUAGGAGCACCAAUGUCAGACAUAAGAACAAAUGGGUAUGCGAAUGGACAUGGCAGUUUAGAUCAAGUGGUGGAAAGUCCUCUGGAAACACCAACUGAAGUUAAGAAUGGGCAAAUUACUCCAAAGAUGAACGGCGGCUCUUGUUGUGCGCCAUCUACCCCGGAAACUCCACCUUACAUCGAUAAUGCUAUUACGAACGGUGGUUCAUGUUGCGCUCCCAGAAAAAAUACCCAUGCCCACACUUCUUCGAAUGCUAGUACAAUGUCGGAACCUACAAAAACUACACCUAAACCUAAAAGUUGUUGUUCUUCAAAGAACAAGCCUUCAAAUACUCAAAGCUCCCAGACGAAUACACCCUUGAUGAACACACAAAUACCACAAAGUGGAUAUUCGAUGAACAAUGCCAUGUAUUCACAAUACCCACCUACUGUAUUCACAUAUCCUGCUACUUAUGGUUCUUAUCAAAAUCCACUGCAGCCAUCUGCUUGGCGCCAAGGUGUACGUAAUAUGAGCUAUGGUCAUAUUCCAGGACAAACAUGUAUUCCUACCGCACCCUUAGCCUUUGGUUCAGGUCCGCUGCCUCAGAACCUAGACACAGUUCAUACUUGUGGCUGUGGUGAUGGUUGUCAAUGCGUUGGUUGUGCAGCUCAUCCAUAUAACGAUGCAACAAGACAAUACGUCCUUUCGGCUUGGGAAUCAAUGCAACUCGAACCAGAAAUGUACAAUAAUGGCCACGGGAAUGGAAAUGUUGCGCCUACUUCAGCUCAGACACAAGACGUGAUCAAAGAAAAUCCUACUUCUCCGCCUCCUGCUACUCCAUCGAGUACUACUUCUGGAACCGUUGAAGAACAAAGUCUUUCAGCAUCGGAUUUCUUUUUUGUGAAUUAUCCUUUUAAUACCGAAGAUGGAUGUGGAGGUGAUACUCAAAGUUGCCCAUGCGGCGAUGAUUGUCAAUGCUUGGGCUGCACUAUUCAUCGUGUCCCAGAAAUUCCUUGUCCAGGGGAGAAGGAUACUUGUCCUUGCGGCAAUGACUGUGCCUGCAUUGGCUGUACUAUACACAAUAUGUGA